AAUCGGAUGUGCGUUCAUCAUAGAAUGCGGAGACCAUUGUCAAACGCCCGAGUCAAAUGUGACGUUUGAUGUUAUUGUAUGACUGGCUGGUGACGAGACAUCAGUUCUCAUUGCCAUUGAUCGGAGGGCGGGCGAAGGCGGGCGGGUGGCGCCCACGUGCUCACUCGAGACCGGAAUAGAUAGUCCGCUCCGCGCAACCGUAUCAACCUAACAUCUUUCACGCACCUCCAUCGCUUAAACAAAAAAAAAAAAAAACAAAAAAAAAACAUCAACAAAAAUCUGAAUCAAAUUUCACGUUUAAAUAAAUUUAACUUGCUUUACAUAACCUUUCGUAAAUUGUUUAAGUCAUAAAUUCUUUGGGAAACGCGAUUUGUAUUGCUCAUACGCACAAACGUCACAGGUGUGCAUUCUGCUAUUUUAAUGUAAACUGUACCACCGAGUCGUGCAGUACUGGCUUGACUUUGGUAUCGUAAGGAUCGUCCGUGGGUGUUGUUACGCGAGUUACGCGAUAUUUAGAUUUAGCACCUUGACUCAGUUCUUUGAUAGAGUAGUAGAUAUAGUGAGCACCGGCAUCCGCUGAGUGCAUGUGCGAUGCGAUGCGUGAUAAAAUCGCAGCAUUGUUUCGAGGCUCGGCGCACACACCUGCACACAACACAGAAAAGCUUCAGAAUGGUGUGCUUGAUCCAGUACUCGUCUUUUCGGAAGGGAGCACACGCGAAGGCGGAUUGGUUUGGCGCGGGUGCUCAGCCAGCUGCGAUGCCGAAGACGGCACGACGGGAGCGUUCGACGAUGGCAACUCAAACCCAGGAGACAAGCUGGAGGGGUCGGACGCAGCUCCGGACGACCCUGUUCACCUCAAGAGACGGGUGGGACUCUUCAGUGGGGUGGCUCUAAUUGUCGGCACUAUGAUUGGAUCAGGAAUAUUCGUAUCGCCCUCUGGGCUUUUGGCGCGUACCGGCUCAGUGGGCAUAAGCUUCAUCAUUUGGAUGGCAUGUGGCCUGCUCUCGUUGCUUGGAGCGCUUGCGUAUGCGGAAUUAGGGACAAUGAAUACAUCAUCUGGCGCUGAAUACGCCUAUUUCAUGGACGCCUUCGGGGGCCCACCCGCAUUCCUCUUUUCAUGGGUAUCGACAUUGGUUUUAAAACCAUCACAAAUGGCCAUUAUUUGCCUAAGCUUCGCCAAAUACGCCGUUGAGCCUUUUGUAGCGGAGUGCGAACCCCCUGACAGUUUGGUCAAAUUGGUUGCGGUCAUUUCGAUUGUGAUGAUCUUAGCAGUGAAUUGCUACAGUGUCAACUUGGCAACGAAUGUGCAAAAUAUUUUCACAGCGGCCAAACUCGUUGCGAUCGCGAUCAUCGUAUGCGGAGGAGCUUACAAACUGAUACUAGGUAAUACGCGACAUUUACAGGAGCCCAACUUCGCCAGUAGCAAGGCGACUCUGGGCAACAUUGCCACCGCAUUCUACACCGGCCUAUGGGCCUACGACGGAUGGAAUAACCUUAAUUAUGUCACGGAAGAAAUAAAAAACCCUUCCAAGAAUCUCCCGCUAAGUAUCAUAAUCGGGAUACCGUUAGUAACACUAUGCUACGCUCUUGUGAAUGUAUCAUAUUUGGCGGUGAUGUCCGUGAGCGAGAUGGCGGAUAGUGAGGCAGUGGCGGUCACAUUCGGUAACCGAUUGCUCGGCCCGAUGGCCUGGUUGAUGCCAUUAGCCGUCACUAUAUCUACUUUUGGAUCAGCGAAUGGAACUCUAUUCGUGGCCGGAAGGUUGUGUUUUGCCGCGUCACGAGAAGGUCACUUAUUGGACAUCCUCUCUUACGUGCACGUGCGCCGUUUCACACCAGCACCCGGAUUGAUAUUCCACUCUUUAAUAGCCGUGGCAAUGGUGUUGUACGGGACGAUAGACUCGUUAAUAGAUUUCUUCUCGUUCACCGCGUGGAUAUUCUACGGAGGCGCGAUGCUCGCUUUGAUUGUGAUGCGGUAUACGAAACCGCACGCCCCAAGACCUUACAAGGUACCAAUAAUUAUUCCGUAUAUCGUGCUGUUUGUGUCGGCGUAUCUCGUGGUGGCUCCUAUACUGGACAAGCCUCAGUGGGAGUACAUGUAUGCGGCAGCGUUUAUAUUGGGAGGGCUGCUCGUGUAUCUUCCGUUCGUGAAAUGGGGAUAUUCGUUGCCAUUUAUGGAUAAAAUUACGGUGUUUCUGCAAAUGGUACUAGAGGUAGUGCCAACAUCUACAACGUUCGAAUACUAAAGUAGUGUCUGCCGGACCUUAAAGAGCGUCAAGUAAAAUCAUUUUCGAUAUCUACCACAUCAUAAACACAAUAAUUAUUACAAUGAAGUAUUAUUAAAAACGUUUCUCGGAAAUUCAUUUUCAUCACUUCAACAUUAAUAUUGAUAUAAUUCGUCUCUGAUUUCUAAGUACGUACUUGGAUAGUGAUUAAAUUACUUAAAUUAAAUUUGGUUGUUAAUUUUUGACUGAUAAAAUAUGUUCCUUAUUUUAAAAUGUAACAGACCGUAAUUCGGUAAUAAUGUUUUGAAAAUAACGUAAUGUGCGUGAAAUUAACAUAGACGAAAUAUUUUAUCGUAAAUAAAAUGUCUAAAAAUUUUAAACAAGAUUAGAGUAUUUUGGAUUUUUCUUUGUUUUGGUAAUUAAUCCAUUAAUUCUUUUAAUAAUCUAGGUUUUUUUCAAUAUCUUAUAAGUUCAUCGUUCAUUUCAUUAGUUUGCACGAAUCAUUCCUAUGGGGUUAUUUGCUUUGAGAAUUUCUGUCAUCUUGUCUCUUCCUGGUUUUUUUUUUUCGUAGGUGUUGAUUUUAUCUGUAGCAAAAGCUCAAGAUCGAUUUGACUUCUUAAAUCCAUGUCAUUAUUUACGCAAAUUGGAAUCGUAAAGCAAUUUUAUCAUAGAGGCUCAUUAAUGGUGAUUGUUUCAACAUCAGGAUUCUCCACGAAUACGAUCGCUGUAAUACAUCCCACCUGGACCUAAUUUGUAUUUAUAUAUUUUAUGUAUUUAUUUGUUAGGCACACAAUACACAUUACAAGCUAAAAAAAUACACAACAAAUAACAACAAG